CCCCCCCCCCCCCACCUCCACACACACACGUAUACCACAGCGAAUGGAAAAGGAAUUCGCCCCCCGAAUCCAGAGGGCCUUUGCCCGCAAUGACGGGCCCGGGCUGGCCGAGGCUCUGUCGCUGACAAUGGGCGACUGGGACGGUAUUGAUGGGCGCACGGCUGGAAAGAUGAAGAGAGCCAUCAGCCGGGCGAAUCUGCCGUCGGAGGUCCACGCCGAGCUGGUGUGCAGCGUGGUGGAUGCAGCAGUGGCACGGAGUGCUGGCGAUCCGGUGGCAAGCUACGAGGAGCUGGUCAAGGCGCACUCGGCGCUGCACAAGAUCUUGCGGAGCGAAAAGGGCUGGAUCGUGCCUGUGGUCGAGAUGAUGUGCGCCCAGCUGCGGCGCGGCGCCAUGGCGGCGGACGAGGCCGUGGUGGCCGGCGGCGGGAUGGAGCAGUACCUCGGGCAGUGCACCGAGCCACUACGCAAGAUCUUUGCCGCACUCAUCAACGCCCGCGAGGCCUUCAAGGGUUCGCGCAAGGAAGGCGCGCUCUUUGUGGUCAACCAGCUCUUCUUUGCCUACUUUAAGCUCAAUCUGCUCCUCAACUGCAAGGGCGUUAUCCGGAGCGUUGAGACGAGGCUCGCCAAGGUAAUGACCAAGUUCCGCAUCUCGCAGCAGGUGACGUACAAGUACUUUACUGGUCGCCUCGCUCUCUUUGACGGCAAGUACGAGGAGGCGUCGAAUCUGCUCGGCGAGGCCUUUGACCUGUGCGACCGAACGCCCGCGGGAACCUCGCUCGCAUUCUGGUCUUCCUCGUCCCGGUCCGGCUGCUUCUCGGCUCGUCGCCCAAGCCGGCGCUCCUUGCCACUUACGGCCUUGACGAGUUUGUCGACCUUGCCGACGGCGUUGUCUCGGGCAACGUCGCCAAGUUCAACGCCGCCCUCGCCGCCCACCAGCGCUACUACAUUGCCAAAGGCGUGUACCUCAUGCUCGAGCAGCUCCGCAUCGUCACCUAUCGCAACCUCUUCCGCAAAGUCUACGCCAUCGUCGCCUCAAACAAGAUUCCCAUCGCGAGCUUUACCGCCGCCCUCGCCUUUGCCGGCGAGUCAGCCGACGACGCAGAGACCGAGUGCCUGCUCGCCAACUUUAUCUACAAGGGAUACAUGAAGGGCUACAUCUCGCACGAGCGGGCCACAGUCGUUCUCUCCAAGAACGCCUCGUUCCCUCCGCUGGCUUCAGUCCGGCGCUAGCCAUUGCGCCGAAACCUCACAAAGACGCUGCCGCCUCAACAAUGUUCUCGCCAGAGCUGCCGUCGGUGUGGCUGUGCGGCGCCACGGCGUCGGCCAGGUAGCGGACAAUCCGCUUGGUGAGGAGCCACGCGCAGAGCGAGAUAGCCAGUACCGAGAGAGCGAGCACCGCAUCAAAGGCAAACUUGGGCGCAAAGACACGGAACGCCAUCAGGUGCCGGUUCUCGACCAUGAGGAAAGCCUCGGAAAGACAAGCGAGACGAGAGGGACCAUGGCGCCGGCUGCCAGAGGGUACCGGAUCCGCCGCAGGAGCGCGUCGCGGUGGUAGUCGCGCUGGAGCUUGUGGCUCUCAAACCAGACCACAGCCAUGGGCAUGCCGAGUGCAAACAAGAUCGGCGCGGCGAGCGUUGCCAGUGCCACAAGCG